UUUUGCCAGCUAACUUGCUGUCACUAGCACAAGUAGAACUUAUUUAGACAACCUGAAAAUAUUUACUUCACACAUGUUUAUGACAUAGAAGAAUUUUUCCAUGACAGAAAUGUGUGUGUAGCUAGGUGACCACAAUUAAAAUUAUCAUCUAAGGAGUUAAGGGAGAAUAAAAAAAUUGAAUUUAGCUGUUGUUAUGAGGGCAAAUUCUUUUCUGGCCAAAUGACCAAUUUCAAAGAAGUUCAAGGGAGUUAAGAGGCACAUACCGUUGAUUCUGCAUCAGUUUGUCAGCUCCAUACCUGGCCUAGGACUGAAUAUUCUCUUGAACAUGCAAAUUUUCUGCAUAGGUCCUUCCCACAAUUUCUGAUUUGUUCUUAAUUAUACCAAAGAAGGAAAUAAACUCUGCGUCCUUGCAAAAUUUUCAUGGCUCUUCUGAUUUGGGGUGUUGCAGGGUGUAGCUAAUGCUCUGAAAAGGCUUCGGGAUUCCUGGAUGAAAGGUGUGAUGAAAGAAGUGUAUUGUUAUUGUUUUAGGGGAGGAAUCAUGCUACUGGGUAAGCCUCUGUCACUGAGACUUGCUGGACUUGUUUGUUCUGACUUGCCUAUGACUCCUUUCUUUCUUAAUUCGGGAGAUAAAGCCUCAAGUCUAUGCUGAGAUGCUGCACAGUGUGUUGCAGUGUUCAGGACAGUGGAUCUCCCAGAGAGAAGAGUUUCUUGCUGACCUCUCAGUGGUACCCAGAGGCAGUGAUCCAGAUGGACAGAGCAAUAAGGCGCAUAGAGCCAUGGAAGAUUGCAGUCAUUGUUGUAUCGGUGAUAGUAGGCUUAGCCCUUAUCAUUGGCUUGAUUACAUUUCUUUUGUGCCACGAUCAAGACAGAUAUUACAAUGCAUCUUUCCUAAUCACCAAUGUCGACUACAAUUCUCAGUAUGAAAGGCAAACUACAGAUGAGUUCAGAAACCUAAGUGAAGAUAUUGAAACCAUGAUGUCUGAAGUAUUCAGGGGGUCCUUUCUAAGUAAAAGAUACAUCAGGUCCCAUGUGGUCAGUCUAAGCCCAGAUCCUGUUGGAGUGCUUGCAUCUGUUGUUCUGGUAUUUAAAUUUCCCUCUGCUGACAGUGAAGCAGCGACCUGGGGUCAAGUCAACCGUGUGUUACUCAGAAGGCUGAAAGCAACAUCGACUUACCUGAAUGUUGACCAAUCUACCAUUAGACUCACAGAGUUGAACAAGGAAAAGGGAGAUAACCUUUUAAACAACUGCUGUGGAAUACGAAGACAGGCAUUCUCCUUCACAGGAGUGGAAAGAAUAACUGGUGGGCAGCGUGCGCGGGAGGGAGAAUGGCCAUGGCAGGCGAGCAUUCAGCUCGAUGGAACCCAUCGCUGUGGUGCAUCGAUCAUCAGUAACACCUGGCUGGUGACUGCAGCCCACUGCUUUAGAGGAGUAAGGGAUCCUCGGAGGUGGACUGCCAGCUUUGGAAUUCUGCUGAGGCCUCCAAAACAGAAGAAAUUUGUCCGGAGAAUUAUUGUUCACGAGAGAUACGGUGAUAAUCUCCUUGAUCAUGAAUAUGACGUGGCUGUCGUGGAACUUGCCUCUGCUAUUGAGUUCACAAGUGAUGUGCACAGUGUCUGCCUUCCUGAAGCAUCUCACAUUUUCCCAGACAACUCUUCCUGUUUUGUCACUGGCUGGGGAGCUUUGGAGAAUGAUGGCUAUAGUGUCAAUCAGCUUCGACAAGCAGAAGUGAGAAUUAUAAGUACUGCGGUUUGUAAUAGGAGACAAGUGUAUGGUGGAGCAAUAACACCUGGAAUGUUGUGUGCUGGAUAUUUGGAGGGGCAGGUGGAUGCUUGUCAGGGUGACUCUGGUGGGCCACUGGUGCACGCGAAUUCCAGAGGAAUCUGGUAUCUUGUGGGAAUAGUGAGCUGGGGAGAUGAAUGUGGCAAGCCAAAUAAACCUGGAGUUUAUACACGAGUGACUUACUAUCGAAACUGGAUCCACUCCAAAACGGGCAUCUGAAACCUGGAGCAGGUUAAGUUUUGUGGCCUGUGUACAGCUAUUCCUCUGACACAUCCUGCUCUGUGGUCACCCUCUAAGCAGCUGCUGGCUUAGCUUGUGGUCGUGUAUAAAGUACCUGUAAGCUGGGAGCAGUCUAGGACUUGAAACUGGCUUGGCCUACAGCCAGACAGGAACGGACUUGAUCCGUGUGACAUUUGUGUGUUCAGGAAGUAGUCUGUCAGUGGGACAACUGCCUUCAUCUAUAUGCAAUAUAUUGACCCUUUUUUCUCCAUGGCCACAUGUCAUGGCCCCAGCUUUUAUACCCAAGCAAAGUGUUUGAGCCCAAACAAUCAUCUACCAGCAACCAAGACAAGCCAUAACUGAAACCUGGCCCAUCCAUUUGCUGUGUGCUCACAAGGCCCUGUCUAUCCACAGACAAGCUACAAUCCAGGCCCUGACUCCAAGGCUGCUGGUACUUCUGAAUUCUUGAGCUCCUGCAUCAUUCCAGGGAAUGCACUGUAAUGGAAAGUGGAAGAUGGCUUAGAGAAGUCCUGGUUCCUAAUAUCACACUGGACUGUUACUCAAGUGAAUAGAAAUCUUUUCCUUGCCUGAGAGAGAAAUUCAGUGGAAAACACCAGCUUGUGUCCACCUUCUUGAGCAAGUGAACAUAUGCCUGCUCAUCUCUUCACAUAAACAGUGUCUACCACAGCAUUUGCCAAGGGAGUGAUUGCUGGACUUAAGACCAAAAACCACUUUAUGUUCUUACCAGUCUGUUGUCAUAGCACAAUAUUUAGCUGAAUUAAUUUACAUUUUUAUCUUUCCAGACUGUAUUUUCCUGAAUAAAAGUCCUUUGCCUUUUGUGUAGGUUGGAUGAUUGUAACGAUCUUAGUAUGAACAUUGUCAAAGUAACUUAUUUUUCUUAUUCUUGUGAAUGUUGUUCUCAAGUCUUUUUAGUUUUAUAUGUGCAUCUUUACCUGUAUCCUGUUUAAAAAAAAAAAAAAAGCUUUUGCAUUACAGUGGAAAUGUCCCUCUCCUUCAGGGCAGGACAGAACUUCUGACAGACCCAGAAAUCUUAUCUUAUGUAUAGAUCUCUCUCUUCUCACAGGAAGUAAGAAUUGCCUGUGUUCAUUGCCAGACUGUAGCUGACUCGUUUGAUCUCUGCCACACAAACAUUAUAUUCUCUCUUGCUUCAUGUUUUCAGGAGCCAUAUUUCUGUCAGCCAGGUAGAUAUCCAAUGCUUUCUACAACCCAGCAGCAGAACACACCUAUUCUUGGUUGGGGGUGCUCUCUUUGGUGUGUCUGCAAGCUUUCCAACACUUCAUGUGGAUCCUGAUCCUAACAACAGCAGGUGCUGUGGACUUAAUUGCUGGAUAAUGAGCCACUCAACUGCUCUCUUCUCCCUCUGUGGUAAGAAGAGAAAGAACUCAGGAGAGGAGACACUGGCCACACUGCCAAGACUCAGAGCUGGUCCAGCAUGGCAAGCAAGCAAGAACUUUCUGCCAGGCUAGAAAAGGCAAACAGCAGGCUUUCAGCAUGCUCUUAGUCAGAAGGGCCAAGGGAAAGAGGCCUUCAGUGAUUAUAGUCUUAGGAUCAGAGUGUUGUUCAAGUUGAACACCAGUCAGCUGGCAAAGUCAAUGGCAGUUCAGGGAUCCCCUCUGGACCUUGCAGCUUGCUGCCAGUGCUGCCAAACAGAGCAGCAAUCCCCCCAGAGCGGUGAUAACAGAAGUGUUUUGGUUACAUGUCCCUUGAUCUGUUUGUCAGUCCAGAGAACAGUGUUUUUCUAGAGUCUCACUGGAGGUACUGGAAUAAUUGGAAGCCCACAGAAGGUCUGCAGCUGUUGUGUGUUCUAUACUUGUGUAUAACUGGCACUUGAUUUUUUUUUUUUUCCCCCUCCAGGAACUUUUAUUGUGGAAUGUUGUGAGCUUCAGAAUUAAACUUGGUGGUUUAAUUUCUACACAGGGAAUAAACACUACCAGACUGGUUCCAUAGGUCUGAGCCCAACAACUUUCAUUUCAGCCUCUUCAGCCAAAUAUGUCUUUGACAUAUAUUGCUUGUUACAGGAAGCUUAAAACUGAUAUAUGAAAGUUAUAUAUGAUUUCUUUUUUUUCUUGGUUGUAGCAAUUGCCUUGCCAGGAUGGUAAAUAAAAUUUUAUACUUUUCUUCAUAAAUAUCAUUAUGAAAUAUUAUAGAUUUUCAGUUCUUAAAGCACUUUAGGCUUGGGUCUUCAAGGGGUUUAAUGGUUUCCCCAUCUGCUGGAUUUCAUAGUAACUUGCACACUUCACAUUUUUAGGGUUGCAAAUACCAACUUUCUCACUGAUUCCCCAAAACAGAUAAGUAGAUGUCCAAAAAAUUAAUUUUGAAUUGGUGAACUUUCCAAUUUGCUUCUUUUGGGUACUCUAUCAGGCAGCCUUAAGCAUUUAGCUCAGUCUCAAAGGCUGGAGUAAACCUCGUUCUCCAAAGUGGAGCAAACAAAACUUAGAAACUCAACUUGCCAUUUGCUUAAGGAGCUGCCAUUUCUGAGAGUGUGUCCUUGUAGAGAUACCUGAUCUCCCUUACUGCUGGGGGCCAGCACAGUGCAGCCACGAGGAGUGGGGAUGAAGAGGACCUGGCAUCUACAUGCUCUGAGGUCUCUUGGUGAUGCAGAGCAGUACAAAUGGUGACUAUCAAGAAGAGCAUUUGAAAGAACAGAAUUCAUCCAAGGGAGUAUUAGUGUGGCUGGACAUGAUGGGUCUGAACCCCUCACUUGUGGCAAAACUACUCUGAUGUCAACCUUGUCUGGCUUUUCAUGAGGGAAAUUAAGGAAACCUGAAGCCAAAAUGUUUUACUGGGUUUAGGUGCUCUAGCAGACUUGUAUUUAUUUUAAGCUGCAUUUUCACCUAUUUGUGAAGCUACAAGCUGCAGUUUCUCCCAUCUGUGUUUUUAGAGGAAUUAACAUCUUCACUCAAGGCAGAAUGGGAUACAUCUAACUAUACAAUCAUGCAUAACACACAAGACUGUAAUUUAUAUGUAAAUUUAAUAAAAUCUGUUACAUUUA